CAAUGAAUAAAAUGUAAAUAAAUGUCGUCGGUUACAACACUAUAAACUGUUGUAUAAAAGAUUAUUUAUUGUGUAGAAUACAGUUGAUGUGUUAUUAUGUUUGACGAAUUUAAAAAAAGAAUGUUGUACAAUUUAGAAUAGAUACUAUUUUGUUAACUCAAGUUCCAGGUGUGUGAUUAGUUGUUAAAAAUGUGUCGGUAUAGGUUAACAGUGGAAGUACCAUAUCUGCUAUUCUAUGGUACUUGUAUUAUGGCUGGAAACCUGAUUAUCAACCUUAUGACUUUUAAAGUAUGCUACAACGUCCUCGGGUACCCUGAAGUUAAUUGUUCCAGAUUGGGAAGGUAUACAGACAAUGAGACAUUAGCCUUAGAACAAAUAGUACAACCACACGCCGGUUUGAUGACUGCUGUUACAGAAAUGGUUCCUAGUACUAUUCCGGUUCUUCUUGCUUUGGUUAUAGGUUCAUGGUCAGAUAAAUUUGGAAGAAGACCAGUAUUGCUUUUUGUUUUAAGUUGUAUGACAAUUAGUUUUGGAAUUAACGCUAUACUGCUCCUGUUUGUAGAAAUAAAUCCAUGGUACCUAAUGCUAUCGACGAUACCAAAUAUGUGCUGUGGAGGAGUAACAACAUUCCUUACAGUCACUCUGGCUUACUUGAAUGAUAUGUCUUCACCAACCACUAGAGCAAUGAGAAUGGUCACGUUUGACAUCGUCCAAAUUCUAGCGACACUUUGGGGCGGUCUUAGCAGCUCUUACAUUCUUUACGCCACCAGCUAUUCCGCUGUAUACGGAAUUGGUUGUGGGAUAAUAGCAUUUUGUACCAUCUAUACCUACUUCUUCGUACCAGAAUCUCUUAACGAUGUGAUCGAUCAAAAACCGAGCUUUGCUAGCGUGUUCACCUGGAGCAACGUGACUGAUCUUUUCAGAAUAGCCGGAAAAAAACGAAGAUACAACAGAAGAUACAUUAUCUUGCUUAUUAUUUUGUGUGUUAUGCUCUUGGGGUUCAUUUCGACCGGCGAGACGAAUGUUAAAACUCAGUUUUUGAGGAAUAAAUUAGGAUGGACUUUGACUAAGAGGAAUGUCUUUGGGGCUUGGUCCAGUAUGGUAAUCGUUGUUACUACGCUAAUCGUUACUUACUUGCUGCACAGCAGGUUAAAGGUCAAGGAGGUUGUGCUAAUUUUUUUGGCCCUCAUUUCCGGGAUUGCCAGUAGUGUAUUGUAUGCUACUGCGGACAGUGAUACCAAUAUUUAUGUCUCUGUGCCAGUAGGAAUUUUUAGUGGAUUGGCUAAUCCGAUGUUUAGAACUAUUUUGGUCAAAAUGAUAGUACCUGGUGAAAUGGGUAAAAUAUUUUCCUUGUUGAUGGUACUGAACAGUUUUUGUUUAUUGGGAUCGGCAUUGAUAUAUCAGGAAAUCUAUAAUACCACCAUGACUACUCAUCCAGAAAUUUUCAAUUACAUUUCCAUUGGACUAAACACUGCUGUAUCUGUGAUUGUAAUUAUCGUGAUGAUUUUGGAAAUGCGUAUACCUACCGAAAAGAAAAAAAUUGAAGAAGACCUUGGUACAGUCAGUACCGAAAAAUUGACUGAGCACUGAUAGUAUUAACAACCUAUUUAUUUUUAUU